AUUGAAACUAACCCUGAUCCACUGCUCAGAGGGAGCCAUGGCUGCAGAGAACCCCGUGGAAAGUCUCCGGGAGGAAGCGACAUGUCCCAUCUGUCUGGAGUAUUUCACAGAACCUGUCACUCUGGAGUGUGGGCACAAUCUCUGCCGAGCCUGCAUCAGCCAGUGCUGGGAGGGAUCCAAUACAGCCGCCUCCUGCCCUCAGUGUGGAGAAACUGUGCAAAAGAGAAACCUCAGGCCCAACAGGUAUCUGAUUAAUGUCCUAGAAAUUGCCAAGCGACUGAGUUUACAGGCAGCAAAGGGAGCAGGAGGAGACGGGUUGUGUGGGGAACACCAGGAGGCUCUGAAACUGUUCUGUGAAGAGGAUCAAACCCCCAUCUGUGUGGUGUGCAACAGAUCCCGGGGUCACCGCACUCACACGGUGGUUCCCAUACAGGAGGCUGCCCAGGAGUACAAGGAAAAAAUACAAGCCCAUUUGAAGACUCUGAGGGAAGAGAGAGAAAAGCUGCUGGGAUUUAAAGUGACUGCAGAGAAGAGAAGCCAGGAGUACCUGAAACAGACAGAAACCGAGAGGCAGAAGAUUGUGUCUGAAUUUCAGCAACUCCGGCAGUUCCUGGAGGAACAAGAGCGACUCCUGCUGGCCCAGCUGGAAAAGCUGGACGAGGAGAUUGUGAAGAUACAGAAUGAAAAUAUCACCAAACUCUCUGAGGAGAUUUCCCGUCUCAGUGAGCUGAUCAGUGAGCUGGAGGGGAAGUGUCAGAAGCCAGCGAGUGAAUUCCUGCAGGAUGUCAGAAGCACCUUGAGUAGGUGUGAGAAAGGGAAGUUCCAACAGCCAGAGGAGAUUUCUCCUGAACUGGAGGAGCAAGUCAGCGAUUUCUCCCGUAAAACUUUCGUGCCGUUGGAGACUCUGAGGAAAUUCAAAGACACUCUACUGUCUGCACUGGAGACACAAAUUGGAGAACCCCUAGGAGCACACAGACAGGUGAAUGUGACUCUGGAUCCAGACACGGCUCAUCCCAACCUUGUCCUGUCUGAGGAUCGGAAAAGUGUGACACGGGGAGACACACGGCAGCGACUACCCAACAACCCUGAGAGAUUUGACUCUUGGGCCUGUGUGCUGGGCUGUGAGGGGUUCACCUCGGGGAGACAUUGCUGGGAGGUGGAGGUGGGGGGCUGGGCUGUGGGGGUGGCCAGAGGGUCUGUGAGGAGGAAGGGACGGAUCAGCCAUAGCCCUGAGGGGGGGAUCUGGGCUGUGGAGUGGUGCAGGGGUCAGUUCCAGGCUCUCACCUCCCCGGUGACCCCCCUGCCCCUGAGCCGGGUCCCCAGCAGGAUCCGGGUUUGUCUGGACUGUGACCGGGGGCAGGUGACAUUUAUCGAUGCUGGUGACGAGGCCCCGAUCUUCACUUUCCCGCCGGGCUCCGUCCCUGGGGAGAGAAUCCGACCCUGGCUCUGGGUGUGGGACACAGACACCCAGCUCCGAUUGUGUCCCUGAGACACACAGCCGAGAGUGGAACCAGAAAUCAGCCUCUCUAGCCUCAUGGACCCCAGUCUCUAUGACCUUGGAGGACUCCCAUCUACCCAGCCCCUGGCUCCUCAUCUCUAUGACCCCUAGAAGUGCCUCCUCCUCCCUCUCUUCAGUCCCAGGGAUGGGAGGGGGAGGGGGAAGAACCCCUGGGGCAGAGGUGGGGUCUGGGCAGGGAUACAGCAUUGAUCAAUCAGGGUUUGGGGGGGUUGCAGAGAAGCAGCAGCUUGGAGCGUUUUGUACAGAUCUGUGUCCUUAGAUCUGUGUCCUUAGAUCCUGCUGCAGGGGCCACAGUCACUACAGGGCAACUGGUAACACUGUAAUGGUCAAACACACCCCUGGUGGGGAGGAGAAGAUGGGUUCAGAUUGAUGGAAAAACCAUUAUAUAUCCUUAAAAAAAUCAUCAUUGAGUCAGUCUCAUGAUUUUUUUAAACUCCUGAGGUUGGCAGCACUGGGGGAGGCAGGGGCAGGGCGGGUUUAACCAGAGGGAAUUAGAAGACGCAAGAAGAAAAAUGCGAAUUAAAAUAAAACAAGAAUAAAGGUAGAGUCUAUGAGAAAUGGUGGAAAACAGAAAUGAGAAGAGUGACAGGAAAAUAUCCCUGACAGGGGAACCAGCCGGGGGCAGCAAAAUGGGAAGGGAUAAAAUCAGGGGGAAGAAGGGAGCAGCCAAGGGGGAUGAUCUGUGACAGGGAGGGGAGGCGAGUGGGAGAAACACAGGAAAAUAAACAGAGGUGGGAAGUGAGGGCUAGAACAAUAAUGAAUAGAAAAGGACAGUAUGAAAAGAAAGGGAACCUGAGCAGGAUGGAGAGAUUUAUUACAUUUUACUGAAAGUGACAUUGUAACUCAUUAAUUCCCUAUAUUCAUUCCUAGAUGACUGUACUGUUGUAGUGCCAUUAAGAAAACUGUUCUCAGUAGCUCGGGAUCUCCUUUCCAUGCUGUGGUUAUUAAGGCUCCUUCUCGGCUCCAUUUACUUACCACGUUUAGUUACUUACUGUAAAUAAAACAUUACAAACAAUU